GACUGCGGGCAUUUUAAAAUUUUCAAUAUGCGCCGCCUAGCGUAGCUAGCUAGUGCCAAAUUUUCUACUUCGAUAUCGUCGGCGCCCCUCGCCCCGUCCGCACCGGCGUUGGCGUUCACAGUCGCAGAGUAUUCCGCGCCGCCGCGUUACGUUCCUUGACCAGUCGCCGUUCACCAACGCUCACUAGGACUAGAACUUCGCCACGGCCUCCCGCCUCGUCGCACCCAAACCCAAAUGUGAGGUACCACCACGGGCCACUUGCCAGUGAUGGAGGCCCCACCCUCCGCCCUCCCGUGGUGGCUCGCCACCACUGCCUGCUCCGCGCCGCCGACGCCCGCCGCGUCCUCCGUCGCCGGCCGCCUCGCCUUCCUCUUCCUCUCCCCCUGCCUGCAGCGCGCGCUGCUCGCCGCGAUCGACCUCCUAUUCCUCGUCGUUGCGCUCGCCGUCAUCCUACGCGCCCGCCUCGCCCGGAGCAACGAUGGCCUGAGCCUCGGCCUCGACCACCGCGAGCGGGAGCCCCUCCUCGCCAAGCCGGCCACCACGGACCAGGCGCCGCCUCCCCUCCGCCGUAGCUGGAGCUUCCAGCACGGCCUAGCGCUCGCGACUUCCGCGGUCCAAGCGGCGGCCGCCCUUGUGCUUCUACUUCUCCUCGCGUUGCUGCGCCGCAGCGGGAGGACCACGGGGCUGCUUGCGGCGGAGUGCGCGUUCCUCGCCGCGCACGCCGUCGCGCACCUCGCGGCCGCAUGGGUUGUCGCGGUGGAGAAGAACACGGCAGGGACGUCACCCGCGCGACUCCACCCACUCCACCUCAGGUUCUUCUGGCUCGCCACGGCCGCUUUCGCCGCGCUCUACGCCGGGUGCGCGGCUGCGCGGUACGCCGCCGCCGAGCCGCUCGUCCCCGAUGACCCGCUUGCGUUCGCGUGGCUGGCUCUCUCGCUCCCGCUACUCUAUUUCUCGGCCACCGGCUCCACCGGCCUCGUCGUCGAUUCCAAUGGUGGUGGUCGUGCCGCCGCCGCCACGGAGGAGACGUACGCCACGGCGUCGUGGUUCUCGCUAGCCACGUUCGGAUGGAUCAACCCGCUCAUCGCCAAGGGCUCCAGAGCGACGCUCGCGGCCGACCAAGUCCCGCCCGUGGCGCCGCCCGACACCGCCGAGGCGGCGUACGUGCUCUUCACCUCCAACUGGCCCGCGCCGGCGCCAGGUUCGUCCAAGGCUCAGCGCCCGGUGCUCACCGCGCUGCUGCGCUCCUUCUGGCCGCAGUUCCUUCUCACCGCCGUGCUCGGCGUCGCGCACCUCUCGGUCAUGUACAUCGGCCCGUCGCUUGUGGACCGGUUCGUCGAAUUCGUGCGACGCGGCGGGGAGUUCACGGAGGGGCUGCAGCUCGUCGCUGUCCUCCUCGUUGGCAAGGCGGCCGAGACGCUGGCGUCGCACCACUACGAGUUCCAGGGCCAGAAGCUGGGCAUGCGCAUCAACGCCGCGCUGCUCGCCGCUGUGUACCGGAAGUCUCUGCGGCUGUCCACGGGCGCGCGCCGGGCGCACGGCGCCGGUGCGAUCGUGAACUACAUGGAGGUGGACGCCCAAGAGGUGGCUGACGUCACGCACCAGCUCCACAACCUUUGGCUCAUGCCACUGGAGAUCGCCGUCGCUCUUGCCCUUCUCUACACCCACCUCGGCCCCGCCGUGCUCACUGCGGUCGCUGCUAUCGCCGUGGUCACCGUGGUCGUGGCCUUUGCCAACAAGCUCAACAUCGAGUACCAGUUCAAGUUCCUCGCCAAGCGCGACGAGCGCAUGAAGGCCAUCACCGAGCUGCUUAACUACAUCGGCGUCAUCAAGCUGCAGGCGUGGGAGGAGACGUUCGGGAACAAGAUCCGCAAGCUCCGGGAAGAAGAGCUCGGGUGGCUAGCCAAGUCCAUGUACUUCAUGUGUGCUAACACCGUCGUGCUCUGGAGCGGCCCUCUCGCCAUGACCGUGCUUGUGUUCGGCACGUGCGUGUUGACUGGCAUCCAGCUCGAUGCCGGGAAGGUCUUCACGGCGACCGCAUUCUUCCGAAUGCUGGACGGACCUAUGCAGAGCUUCCCCGAGGCGAUCGCUGCUGUGACGCAGGCAACCGUGUCUGUUGGCAGGCUUGAUAGAUACCUUCUUGAUGCAGAGCUUGAUGACUCGGCAGUGGAGCAGGUGGACGGCACCGGCAUUGACACUAGCGCGGUGGUCGUGGAGGUGUGUGACGGUGUUUUUGCGUGGGACAUGAGGGGAAACAAGCAGAGGAAAGAAAGUGAGGAUGGUGAAAGCGAGGAGGAGAAAGAUGUGGAGGGGACACCGGUACUGGAGACGGUGCUGAAGGGGAUCAAUGUUGAGGUAAGGAAGGGUGAACUUGUGGCAGUGGUUGGGAUGGUAGGAUCUGGCAAGUCAUCACUGCUUUCUUGCAUCAUGGGGGAGAUGGAGAAGAUCUCCGGCACGGUUAGAGUAUGUGGGAGCACUGCAUAUGUUUCACAGACUGCUUGGAUCCAAAAUGGGACCAUUCAAGAGAAUAUCUUAUUUGGACAGCCGAUGUAUGCUGAAAGAUAUAAAGAAGUCAUUCAUUCUUGCUGCCUGGAAAAAGAUUUUGAAAUGAUGGAAUUUGGAGACCAGACUGAAAUAGGAGAGCGAGGAAUCAAUCUCAGUGGUGGGCAGAAACAGCGUAUUCAGCUCGCCAGAGCAGUCUACCAACAUUGUGAUAUAUAUCUUCUUGAUGAUGUCUUUAGUGCUGUUGAUGCACACACUGGUUCAAAUAUCUUUAAGGAGUGUCUAAGGGGGACACUUAAGGGGAAGACCGUCAUACUUGUUACACACCAAAUGGAUUUCUUGCACAAUGUGGAAAACAUAUUUGUCAUGAGAGAUGGUAUGAUUGCACAAUCAGGAAAGUAUGAUGAAUUAAUAGAAGCAGAUUCUGAUUUUGCCGAUCUUGUUGCUGCUCAUGACAGUUCAAUGGAACUGGUGGAGCAACGUUGUCAAGUAGAGAAACCUGAACAUUUUCAGCCUACUACAGUAGUUAGAAUCCCUUCUCUACGCUCUAGAUCCAUUGGAAAGGGUGAGAAGGUGGUUGUUGCACCAGAAAUAGAAGCAGCCACUUCUAAGAUUAUAAAAGAAGAGGAAAGGGAGAGUGGUCAAGUAAGUUGGCGAGUGUACAAGCUGUAUAUGACAGAGGCCUGGGGCUGGUGGGGAGUUAUGGGCAUGGUUUCCUUUGCAGUCGUGUGGCAGUGCUCUGAUAUGGCUAGUGACUAUUGGCUAUCAUAUGAAACGUCAGGCGGCAUUCAAUUUAACCCAUCGUUGUUCAUUGGAGUGUAUGUGGCCAUAGCUGCUUUUUCAAUGGUCCUUCAAGUAAUCAAGACUCUUCUUGAGACAGUUUUGGGUCUUCAAACAGCUCAGAUAUUUUUCGAGAAGAUGUUUGACAGCAUUCUGCAUGCCCCUAUGUCAUUUUUCGAUACCACUCCUUCAGGAAGGAUUCUCAGUCGGGCAUCGUCUGACCAAACGACCAUUGAUGUUGUGCUGGCAUUUUUCAUUGGUCUGACAAUUUCAAUGUACAUUUCAGUAUUGAGCACCAUUAUUGUCACUUGUCAGGUUGCCUGGCCAUCAGUUGUAGCUGUAAUUCCACUUCUAUUAUUGAACAUUUGGUACAGGAAUCUCUAUCUUGCAACCUCACGGGAGUUAACUCGACUUGAAGGAGUGACAAAGGCACCGGUUAUUGAUCACUUGUCUGAAACUGUUCUUGGUGUCACAACUAUAAGAUGUUUCAAAAAGGAGAAAGAAUUUUUCCAUGAGAAUUUAGACAAAAUUAAUUCAAGUUUGCGCAUGUACUUCCACAACUAUGCCGCAAAUGAAUGGCUUGGUUUCCGACUGGAGCUAAUUGGAACACUUCUAUUGUCAAUAACUGCAUUUCUCAUGAUCAGCCUGCCCAGUAAUUUUAUCAAGAAAGAAUUUGUUGGUAUGUCUCUAUCUUAUGGUCUCUCCCUCAAUUCUCUGGUGUACUUCGCAAUAUCCAUUAGCUGCAUGUUAGAAAAUGAUAUGGUGGCUGUGGAGAGGGUAAAUCAGUUCAGUAUUCUUCCUUCCGAGGCAGCAUGGAAAAUAGAAGAGCAUCUUCCUUCUUCAAAUUGGCCCAAUCAUGGGGACAUUGACAUUAAGGAUAUAAAGGUUAGGUAUCGAUCAAAUACACCUUUAAUUCUGAAAGGCAUUAAUAUAAGUAUCAGUGGUGGAGAAAAGAUAGGAGUUGUAGGAAGGACAGGCAGUGGCAAGUCAACUUUAAUCCAAGCUUUGUUCAGGCUCGUAGAACCUGCAGAGGGAAAAAUGAUCAUUGAUGGAAUAGACAUAUGCACACUCGGUCUGCAUGAUCUCAGAUCUCGCUUUGGCAUAAUUCCACAGGAACCAGUUCUCUUUGAAGGAACAAUUCGAAGCAACAUUGAUCCAAUUGGGCAGUUUUCAGAUGCAGAAAUAUGGCAGGCUCUUGAGCGCUGUCAGCUGAAAGAUGUAGUAGUUUCCAAACCUGAAAAACUUGAUGCUCCAGUGGCUGAUAGAGGAGAGAACUGGAGUGUAGGCCAAAGGCAGUUGCUCUGUCUUGGCCGUGUCAUACUGAAGCAGACCCAGAUCUUAUUUAUGGAUGAGGCAACUGCUUCAGUUGAUUCCCAAACUGAUGCCACGAUUCAGAAGAUCACGAGACAGGAGUUUUCAUCAUGUACAAUAAUUAGCAUCGCCCACAGAAUACCAACAGUCAUGGACUGUGAUAGAGUCUUGGUGUUGGAUGCUGGUCUGGUAAAAGAAUUUGAUUCACCUUCGAGGUUAAUCGAACAACCGUCCCUCUUCGGUGCGAUGGUUCAGGAGUAUGCCAAUCGCUCGUCGAAUCUGUAACCGUACCAUGAUACUGAGUAUGUAAAAAAUAAGUAGAAGUUGGUUGCUUGACUUUAGUGUACAUAUGGAGGUAGCUUAACUCCUGAUGGUAUUGUAGCUUUGCAGUAUUUUGAUAAGAAACUCACACAAGAGAGGGGAAAUACAUCUAAAGUUUAGAGAUCACCUUUUGACCUUAGCAAACAAUGAAUAUUUCUUGGAAUGAACUUGUAACCAGUGGCUUUUCUC